AUGGACCUCAGUGGAAUCCUUUUUCUUCUGUUCCUCUUUCUGGUCACCUUGUUGUUUCUAUCUCAAAGGAAACUGAGGGGAAAAUUACCCCCUGGUCCCACUCCACUUCCGUUUAUCGGGAACAUGCACCAGGUUAAGAUGAAUGACCUCAUUAAGUCUUUGGUUGAGCUCAGCAAAAAAUACGGUCCUAUGUAUACCUUCUAUCUGGGGUCACGUCCGACCGUCGUAAUGUGUGGGUACCAAGUGCUAAAGGAGGCUCUGAUCGAUAAUGCUGAGGAGUUUAGUGGCAGAGGCGAAUUUCCAGCCGUCCAGAUGUAUAGCAAGGGAAAUGGUAUUGUGUACGGCACUGGAGAAAGAUGGAGGCAACUUCGCCGUUUUGCCAUCUCUACUUUGAAGAACUUUGGCAUGGGAAAGAGAAGUCUGGAGGAAAGAAUAAAAGAAGAGGCCCAGUACCUGAUUGCUGAGUUCAAAAACAGUGAAGGGAAGCCUUUGGACCCAACUUUUGGCUUCAGCUCGGCCGGCUCCAAUAUAAUUUGCCAGUUGGUUUUUGGGGAGAGGUUUGAAUAUAGAGAUGAAGAAUUUCUGACUUUACUUUAUCUCAUCAACAACAGCUGGCACCUUAUGAGCUCCACAUGGGGGCAGCUUCUCUUUGUAUUUCCAAAUAUUAUGAAGCGUAUUCCAGGCCCACAUAGAAAAAUUUACCAAAACUAUCUGAAACUUGGGGCUUUUGUGGCCAAGAGACUUCGAAUGAACAAAGAAACACUUGACCCAAACAAUCCUCGUGACUUCAUUGACUGUUUUCUCAUAAAGAUAGAUCAAGAAAAGAAAAAUCCAAACUCUCACUUUAACUAUGAGACAAUGUUGAAAACAACAGUCAAUGUUUUUUUCGCUGGUACUGAAACAGUUGGGUCGACCCUGAGGUAUGGAUUCCUAAUAAUGUUGAAGCAUCCAGAAGUAACAGAAAAAGUGCAAGAAGAGAUUGACCGGGUCAUUGGCCGGGACAGAUGUCCAUGCAUGGAUGAUAGAAGCAAGAUGCCCUACACGGAGGCCGUCCUCUAUGAAAUUCAGAGAUAUGCAGACAUAGUCCCCAUGAGUGUUCCACAUACUGUAACAAGAGAUAUUACAUUCCGUGGCUACCAUUUACCCGAGGGACUUAACAUCAUGCCUUUGAUAUGUACAUCUCAGUAUGAUCCCACAAAGUUUAAAAAUCCCAGCUCAUUUGACCCAACACAUUUCUUGGAUGAGAAUGGACUUUUCAAGAAGAAUGAAGGAUUUAUGGCUUUUUCAGCAGGAAAGCGUGUAUGCCUUGGGGAGGGUUUAGCCCUGAUGGAGCUGUUCAUUUUCUUCACCACCAUCCUCCAGAACUUCAACAUAAAGCCUGUUGUGGAUCCCAAGGACAUUGACAUUACUCCAGAGAGCAGUGGUUUGGGAAAUCUUCCACGACCAUACAAGAUAUGCCUUAUCCCCCGCUGAGGAUAUAAGAUAGUUAUAC